AUUCAUUCCCCUCCGAACCUUGUAUUCCUGUGAUCACUGGAACUGAAGGAAAUUCGCUUAUAAUGACAGACUCGGCAGGCCUCCCACGCUCAACCAGCGUCCCUUCGCUCGCCCAUCCCAUUUCCGUUAAAUACUCGUUUCAAAAGAUCAUCGGAAAGGGCGCUUAUGGAACGGUAUGGGUGGCGAAGAAUCGGGAGACGGAAGCGAAAGUAGCCAUCAAGAAAAUCGGGGCACGGAAUUUCGAUGAGUUGAUUCUGGCAAAGCGAGCUUUGAGGGAGUUGUUGCUUGUUCGGCAUCUCAACGGAAACGACAAUGUCGCGGAGUUCAUAGAAGCGGAAGCAAACACGACUGAUCCGUCAUACAUCAACGAGCUGUAUCUCGUUGAGGGGUUGAUGGAGGCGGACCUCGCACAGAUUGUCAAAUCCGGCCAAGUGCUGUCCGAGCAGCAUCGCCAAUACUUCAUAUAUCAGAUCUUGAGAGGGUUGAAAUGGAUGCACUCCGCGGGAAUCGUGCACAGGGAUCUGAAGCCGGGAAACCUUCUCGUCAACAGCGACUGCUCCCUCCGGAUUUGCGAUUUCGGUCUCGCACGUGGCCGUCCCACCAGCAAUGCACACCUUUAUCAAACUGAAUACGUCGCGACUCGUUACUAUCGCGCGCCCGAGGUCAUCUUAUCCCCACGUCAUUACGACAUGUCGCUGGAUAUGUGGUCUGUUGGAUGCAUCUUCGGCGAGCUGUAUGUCGGGAAAGUGCUGUUCAAAGGAAGGGACUUUGUGAAUCAGCUUGAGACGAUCUUCGAUAUGAUGGGUACGCCGCCAGACUUGGCGGCUAUGGGGCUUUGCUCUCCAAAGGUGUACAAGCUCAUAAAUUCGUGGAGGAAGCGUCCAAAGCGACAGCUGGAUCAAAUCUUUACAACCGCACCUUCUGAGGGGAUCGACCUGAUCGAUCGUCUUCUUGCAUACUCACCCACCCAACGCAUCACGGCGGACCAAGGGCUACGCCACCCGUACUUGCGAAGCUACCAUAUGGAAGAUGAUGAACCAACACACCCGCAGAUGUUUGAUUUCUCGUUCGAGGAUGCAGAUGAUAUUCCGUCUAUCAAAGAGUUGAUCAUCAAGGAGCUGGCGACGCAGAGGGCUUUGCGUCAAAAGCCGAAUCCGGAGCAAGACAGGAAACUGUCACUCAAUCAGCCAUUGUCGCCAAGAGUAACGAGUCACCCGCCAACAUUGCCGAAUGUGGACCAGGCCGACAAAUCGCCUCAUUUGACGGAGAUUCACCCCGGAGGAAUUGAGGACGAGUUGCAGGGAAUGCAAGAUCUGACGAUCCAAGAUGCGAAAUGAUGCAGACACUCCAGAUAGCACCCAUGGGACGUCUUAUGAGCAAUUGGACGUGCACGGAAGGAUUGGAGGUCCUUGAUAUACCUGAAUGACAAUCACAGACACACAACCCAUCCCUGAGGUGCCAUUCGGGUCGAAGGGGGACCAAAUGGGCGCACCACAGACUUGAACUUCACGCCCCGA